AUGUGGGUUCUCCAGGCCUUGGCCAUCAUGUUGAGCAUCCAAGCAGGAACACUUGACCUGGUGGAAACACCCCCAGUGGUGAACACUCUUCCUGUUGCUCCGCUCAAUUUCCCUGUAGGACUCCCAAGUUCCCCAGUCCUCAAAGGUCCACCCAACAGUCAAGUCUUACCUCCCAAAAGGCCUGUACCUCCAUCCAGAGGUGGCAAGUGUGUACCUACAGCCAGAUACUUCCUCUCCAGUAACAAACUCCAUGAAUACCUCAUGAACACACUGCCCCCACAGAUUGAGGACAUGGUGAAGUGUGAUGAAGUUAACCUGGACGGCUUGGUUGGGAAUGUGUUAAACAUGGUGGGGGAAUCUGACCUGCUCUCCAUCUUAGAUGUCACUUCCCUCCUACAAGGGGGAGGAGGCUCUGGCCUUGGCCUUGGUGGACUCUUAGGCAAAGGAGGUAAUGAGGAUUCCUCAAAGCCCUCAUCAGGCUCCAAGGCCAAUCUAGAAGGACCCCCAGGCAACCAACUCCUGGGUGGCUUACUAAACCUUGGUGGAGACAAGGGCUCUGGAAAAGGACUGCUGAAUACACAAGGGCUCUCCGAUGUCACCAAGCCUCUGGAUGGCAUAGGUGAAAAUUUAAACAACCUAAAAGGUUCUGUCGAGGACAAAGUGAGGGAUAUGGUCCCAGAAAGCAUCAAGGGACCAAUGACAGAUCUGCUCAAGAUGGAUAUCAAAGACACUCUGCUCAAAUUAAAGGUCUCACAAGUAACAGUGGACAGCACAGAGAUAACCAUGGGAGCUGAUGAGAUGGAAGUUCUCUCUGAAGUUACUGCCAACAUAGAAGGAGAAGGCGUGCUUGGAACAGUCAUCACCAUACUGCAGUUUCAAUCUAGCCUGGACGUAACAAUGAAAAUUGCUGUUUCCUCCAACAACACCCAAUGUGUCAACCUUGAUGUGCAAGACACCCACAUGCAUGUCAAGGAAAUGAACAUUCAGUUAGUAAAGACAGUCACAGAAACUGUGCCUCUUCCUCUGCCUCUGCCGUUGAAUCAGGUCAUCCCAGAAGUACUGACAGCAAAAAUCAAUGAAAAUCUGGAGAAAUCCAACUCCUGUGCCAUCGUCCUCAGUGACUUCAACGAGUGCAAGAACACUACCGGCUUAUUCAGCUACCAAGUUCACACUGCCAAGAUCUCUCCCACAGGACUUGCCAUCCUCUACUGUUCUAAAGCCAAUAUAGGCAACAAAACAGUACCUGUGCCUGGAGGUCGGCUGCCUCCAGAUCCCCAAAACGCCAGCAUUGCGGUAACCAUCUCCUCCUCAACACUGAAGACACUUGUAAAACACGUGGCCAAGCAGAGCUCUGUUCAGAUGAAUGGCCUGGAAGCACAAAUUACCCGUAUAGCAUUCGCCUCCCAGGAAAACAAUAUGCUCAGGGUCCUGUAUAAGGUGGACAUAAGGAAGGAUGGAGAGACCUUUGCCACUGGGGAAACGAAAUUAUUCAUCUCCCAUGACAGCAAGAUUUCAAAUUCCAAACUGGUACCGGACAUCAAACUCACAAGGUCUGAGCACAGUGUGGAACCCCCCGAGGCUAAGGCAGAAGUAGAAGAAAUUAUGUCUGAAGUCACAAAGAAGGCCUGGUCCAAAUUUAAUGAACACUAUAAAAAAAUGAAUGUUCCAGAUGGAGUGUCUUCAAAUGCUUUAGGCAACGCCAGUGUCAAAUUGCUGAGAUCAGUCAUUAAGACAGAAAUUCAACAGAAGCACAGGGAAAUUAAUAAAGUUAGGAACAAAAUGGAUUUAACAGAUUAUCUGCAGAAUAUUCGUCCCAAAACAAGGGAAUACACACCUUCUUCUCAGUGCCUCAUGGAACCUUCUCCAAAAUUGACCAGAUAA